AUCAGCAGAGAUACCAUCAACAUCAUCAUCAGCAGAGAAGUUGAACUUCAGGUCUGAAGUCAAGGACGUCAUCAGCUGUUCAGCCGCCAGCUGUUCUGACGUCAGCUGUUCAGCCGCCAGCUGUUCUGACGUCAGCUGCUCUGACGUCAGCUGUUCAGCCGUCAGCUGUUCAGCCGUCAGCUGUUCAGCCGUCAGCUGUUCAGCCGUCAGGAAGUCACUUGAAGAUUUGACCUCGGCAGAAGCUGCCCAUGGCUGUCCUCACCUCCUCGAGAGAGUGAGGUAGUAGAGAGCGACAGAAGAGGAGGCGGUGGCGGUGGUGGCGGUGGUUGUGGCGGUGGUUGUGGCGUUGGUGGCGGUGGUGGCGGUGGUGGCGGUGGUGGUGGCGGCGGCGGCGGCGGUGGCUCUCGUUCCGUAGCCUCGACCGACACUUCCCGGCAUGACCGGCACCACCCACGGACGCAACCGGAGGCGACGGAGCCUCAAGACCAACGCCACCGCCGCCGCGCCCGGCACCGCCGCCGCCGCCGGAUCCGCCGCCGGAUCCGCCGCCGGAUCCGCCACCUCCGCCGAUCGGCGCUCCCGCGUGUCCAGACCCAGCGUUCGCGUCCGGCCUCCCCGUGCCAAGCAGAGAGGUUUGGCAACUCCUCCUUCGCAACAACAACAACAACAACAGCAACAACAACAACAACAACAAACGCAACAACAACAACAACAAACGCAGCAGCAGCAGCAGCAGCAGCCGCGUGCCGGCAAAGCCGCCGGCUCUUGCCGCGCGCCGGCAGCGCGGCGUAGCAGGGGAGCGUCCGGCACCGCCGCCACGGCCACCGCGGCCACCGCGGCCGCCACGGCCACCGCGGCCACCGCGGCCGGCACGGUGGCCGCCGUGGUGGCCGUGGAGAAAGCGGCGUCAGGGAUGUGGCCCACGAUCGCCAUCGCUCGAUUGGCCGUGAGCGGCGACGCCGCGCUGAGGUCCAUGGGGGCGGUGAGCGGCACAGAGCUGGUGAGGUCGAAUGGGGCGGAGGUGGUGAGCGGCGACGCCGUGGUGAGGUUGAAUGGGGCGGAGGUGGUGAGCGGCGACGCCGUGGCGAGUGGCGACGCUGUGGUGAGCAACACUGUGGUGAGGUUGAAUGGGGCGGAGGUGGUGAGCGGCGAUGCCGUGGUGAGCGGCGACGCUGUGGUGAGGUUGAAUGGGGCGGAGGUGGUGAGCGGCGACGCUGUGGUGAGCGGUGACCCCGUGGUGAGGUUGAAUGGGUCAGAGGUGGUGAGCGGCGACGCCGUGGUGAGCGGUGACGCUGUGGUGAGCAACACUGUGGUGAGGUUGAAUGGGGCGGAGGUGGUGAGCGGUGACGCUGUGGUGAGGUUGAAUGGGUCAGAGGUGGUGAGCGGCGACGCUGUGGUGAGCGGUGACCCCGUGGUGAGGUUGAAUGGGUCAGAGGUGGUGAGCGGCGACGCUGUGGUGAGGUUGAAUGGGGCGGAGGUGGUGAGCGGCGACGCUGUGGUGAGCGGUGACCCCGUGGUGAGGUCGAAUGGGUCGGAGGUGGUGAGCGGCGACGCCGUGGUGAGCGACGCCGUGGUGAGGUCCAAUGGGGCGGAGGUGGUGAGCGGCGACGCCGUGGUGAGCGGCGCUCGUGACGAUGCCUCUGCGGAGUGGGGGAUGGUGAACGGUGAGGGCGGAGUGGCAGCUCACCACCGCUCACCGGGUGAGGCGGAGCGCCGGACUGGCAGAGCUCUGUGUGAACACCGCCAACAGCAGCAGCAGCAGCAUCAUCAGCAGCAGCAGCAGCAGCAGCAACAACAUCAUGAUCAGCAACAUCAUGAGCAGUAUCAUCAUAAUCAUCAUCAACAGCUGCAGCAUGGGCAACGACAGCAGCAGUCUCAUCAGCAACAUCAUCAUCAGAAGGAGGAGCUGCCCUUGGCGGUCGACCUGGCUAUGCGGAAGGUGGACGACGUGGCGGUCGACCUGGCGAUGUGGAAGGUGGACGACGUGGCGGUCGACCUGGCGAUGCGGAAGGUGGACGACGUGGUGGACGAGGUGGCGAUGCGUGUGGUGGCGGAGGAGGAGGAGGAGGACAUUAUCGAUGGGUUCGCCAUCGCCAGCUUCUGCAGCCGCGAGGAGCUGGAG